CUGAAGUUCCAUAUGUGGAUGACUUACUGAAAACAAACCGUGCUCUUCCGGCAUCUUUCACCUUUUUGGACAGAAGGCAUAAACCUCAUCUUUUAGAGGUGGCGGAAGCACAGCAGAGACAAACUGAAGCCCUUUCACGAGAUAAGAAAGGCCCAGUCAGAAUGCACCCAGGUCCCUUCGAUGAGAACUCAGAAUUAGCAAAAGGUUCGAGGAAUCAUACAUCAAAAAUGAAGUCCGCACAAACAAGCCACAGCACUUUAGGCAGCAUUCAAGAGGGACAAACUUUAGCAAGCACUCAGAACAAAUUAAAUUUUAAACCAGAUGAUACAAGUAGCAAUGGUUUUCCAAGAGCCUUCAUCCAAAAUCACAUUCAAGAAAUGAAGGAAGAAAUUCAAGAUUUAUCCAGUGAAAUUUGUGAGGACAUUGAG